AUGACGUCGCAAGUGAGUGACUUCCAAGGUCAGAACUUCCUCAAGCUCCGGCGGGCUUGCAUCCGUCGCGGCGCCCUCUUCAAGGACCCCGCGUUCCCCGCAGAUGACGAGGCGCUCUUCUAUAAGAGGGCGCCGCCGCCAGGGCUGACCUGGAAGAGACCACGGGAGAUUUGCAAGGACCCGCGUCUUUUCGUGGACGGCAUCAGCACUCGUGAUCUGCAUCAAGGCAGUCUGGGUAACUGCUGGAUGGUGGCUGCCAUUUCUUGUUUGGCGUCUGAGCCCACCUUGUGGAAAAAGGUCAUCCCUGACCACGCGGACCAGGAAUGGAACCCGAAGCGUCCCGACCUGUACGCGGGGAUCUUCCAUUUCCGCUUCUGGCGCUUCGGCCGCUGGGUGGAUGUGGUCGUGGAUGACCGGCUGCCUGUGAGCAGGGACGGGGUUCUGCUUUUCUGUCGCUCAGCCACGCCCAGAGAGUUCUGGAGCGCCCUGCUGGAGAAGGCCUAUGCCAAGCUGAACGGCUGCUACGAAGCUUUAGAGGGUGGGAACACCGCCGAGGCUCUGAUAGACUUCACCGGCGGGGUUUCGGAGCCUCUCUGUCUGGAUCGCGAGACCCUCAGACAGCAUGGUGACCGGAGGAAGGCCCUCUUCCAAACGCUGGCCAAGGCCCACGAACAAAAAGCCCUCAUCACAUGUUCUAUUCGGCCGGCCGAUGGUGAGACGGUGGAGUCGGUGAUGUGUUGCGGGCUAGUCCGCGGCCAUGCCUACGGGGUGACCGCAGUCAGGAAGGUGUGGCAAGGAGAGAAGCUUCUUAAGGCAAAUGGGGGACCCCGUAUCUUCUUGAUGCGCAUGAGGAACCCUUGGGGAACCACUGACUGGACCGGUGCCUGGAGUCAGCGUUCACAAGAAUGGACGCAGAUGAGCCGGGCAGAGAGAGAGAAAAUGGGACUUGUAAUUCGGGACGUUGGCGAGUUCUGGAUGGACUUUGAGGACUUUUGUGCCUACUUCACGGAUGUGGUGCUGUGCCGCCUGGUGGAAAGAAGUUUCCUGUGGCCCAGCUCCCACUGGAGGGAGGUGCGCCGCUACGGGGAAUGGUCUCUGGCGCCAACUCACACCGGCAGACCUCCGUCGGCUGUCUGCCUGCUGAGCCGGAGGAAGGGCGAAAGCCAGGAGGAAGACUCUUCUGGGGGAAACAGAGAUGACGUGCUGAACGGAAGCCAGCUGGACAAGAGGAGCCGAUGCGGAGGAUGUCUCAACCACAAGGACACCUUCCUGCACAAUCCUCAAUUCAUGUUUGAGGUCCGAGGCCAUGAGGAGGAGGUGCUCAUUUGUCUGCAGCAGGAAGACCAGAGGAUACGGAGGAAAGAUGGCGGAGGAGACUACCUGCCUAUUGGUUUUGAGGUACUCAAGGUCGAGGAGAACCGCUGCAGCCGCGUGCAGCGUGUGACGGAGCAGGCCGCCAGCUCUGUCUAUAUGGACUCUCGGAGCAUAACGCUGAAGGCCACGCUAGCGCCGGGCCGCUACGUUGUGCUGCCUACCACUUACCUGCCGGGAGCCAGUGGUCGCUUUCUUGUGCGCCUCUUCUCGCAUUCGCGCGCCCAACUCAGGGAACUCAAGGAUGACUUGCCCUCGCCCUCCUUUUUCCAUUGCUUUUUACCUGAGCCCACCAUGGUGACCACGGUUCACCUACGGAGGGCAACGGGACUCUGCUCUCCUAAACAGACAGCUCCUGAUGUCUACGCCACUAUCCGUUGUGAGAGUGCCACUGUUAGGUCUGAGGUGUUCAAGGCUGAAGGAAAUCCCGAAUUCCGCUUGAGAGCCAUUUUUUACAGAAGAUACCCAGAUGCACACAUCACUGUCGAGCUGUGGAGCAGAGGCCUUCUGUGGGACUCCCUUCUGGGCGACGCCCGACUCCACACAACGGCGACCGACCAAGGUCGAGACCAUGUGAUGGAUUUACAAAGCGGUUCGGCAGGGCGCAUCUGCGUGGAGACGUCGUCCAGCGUCUGUCUGACGGACUUGUAG